AUGCUGCCGUCUCCACGGGGGGACAGCAGCGCCCAGCGGCUGCUGAAAUCUCAUUCUGUGGCUGCGCCCUCUGCUGCAGCGCUGCAGCACCUCCAGCAGCUGCAGCAGCUCCAGCAGCUGCAGCAGCAACAGGUGGAGCAGAUGCAGCUGCAGCAACAGCUGCAGCAGCAGCAGCAGGAGGAGAACCAUCAACAGCAGCAGCAUAUGCUGGAGCAGUGGCAACAUGACCAGCAGCUGCUGCUGCAGCUGCAGCUGCAAAAGCAGCAGAUUCAGCAGCAGCAGCAGCGGCUGCAGCUGCUGCAACAGCAACAGGAGGAGCAGCAGAUGCAGCUCCUGCAACUACAGCAGCAGCAGCAGCAGCAAAAACAGCAAAGUCUGUAUAUGAACCCAACUAGCUGGCAUACAGGAGACGGCAUCGAACCAGCAGCCCCCUGUUGGGGGCCCGUCUCCCCCUCGCUGACCUUUAACCAGAGCAGCAGCCGAAGGGCCCCCAACAGAGAAGCAGCAGAAGGCGGCAGAAGCCGCAGCAGCAGCCACAACAGCAGCCACAGCAGCACCAGUUUGCUGCUGAGGCGCUGCAGCAACCCAAUGCAAUGGGGAGCGGCCGAUGGGCUUGAGGAACCCACCGAAAGGCCUUGGCACGAGCAACUGCAGCAGCAGCCGCAACAGCAGCAACAGCACAGCGAUGAGCAACAGCAGCAGCAGCAGCAGCAACAGCAACAGCAACAGGAGCAGCAGCAGCAGCAGCGGGAGCAGGAACUUCAAGAAAUUGACUAUCCGCUGCUGCACAGGACCCCUGCAGAGCCUCCCAGUAGCCACCAGCACAGCAACAGCAGCAAACACAACAACAGCAGCAGCAACAACAACAACAAAAACAGCAACGAGGACAGCAACGAGGACGGGGGCAGCUCGCUAAGGAGCCUCAGCAUCAUCAGCUUCCCCAUGCGAAGCUUCUCAGGCCUUCCGGGUGUACCUCCACCUGACCCGCUGCCUUGCAUGCCUGACGACACAGCAGCAGCAGCAGCAGCAGCAGCAAUAGCAACAGCUGAGCCAGAUGUAGCUGUAGAUGCAGCUAGAUCGAUGCAGACACCAGCAGCAGAAGACACCGCUUCUGCAGCAGCAACAGCCGCUGCAGCAGCAGCAGCCGCUGCAGCCGCUGCAGCAAAUGCUGCAGCCGAUUCAGCAGCGGCAGCAGCGGCCGAACGAUUAGCAGCAGCAGCCCGAGAGGCAGAGACAGCACCAAGAACAGACCUAGCAACAGCAGCACCAGCAGCACAAGCAGUAGCAACGCCUGCUGCAGCGGAACCCCUAACAUCAGCAGAAGGCCCAGCAGCAGCAGCAGCAAGAACAGCAGCAGCAGCAGCUAUGGAGCCCCACGAGCUUAGGCAUUACAGUUUUCCCUCCUCCAGGAUCCUGCGCGCGGUUGCUGCAGCUCAUCGAGAGCAGCAGCAGCAGCAGCAACAACCGCAGCAGCAGCAACAACAGCAGCAGCAACAACUGCAGCAGCCGCAACAGCAGCCUCAGCAGCAGCAGCAGCAGCAGCAGCAGGAGAUAGAAGCUGCACUCGAACCCACUCUAUCCAGUGAGGUGAGAGGCAUUUUAAGAGAGCAUGGGAGAGCCUCGUGGCCUUUCAGGCUGUUCUCUCUGCCCCGCACGCUGCUGCAGCCGCUGCUGCUGCACUCAAUCCGCAACAAGAGCAGCAGCAGCCGCAGCACCAGCCUGGAACGCAGCAUCAGCAAUAAGGCAGAGGGAGUAACUGCUGCAGACAGCAAACGCGAAACAGACGGAGGAGGGGCUCUUGCAGCACUACAGCAGCACCAGCAGCAGCCACAACAGCAGCAGCAGCAACGGCCGCAACAGCAACAGCAGCAGCAGCUGCAACAGCAACUGCAGCAACCGCAACAGCAGCAGCAGCAACUGCAGCUGCAGCAGCACGAAGACCGUAGACUGCUUCCUCCAGUUCUGGCUACGACGUCUGUAGCAUCACCGAGGCGUUCACCUCGGGAUGCAUCAGCAGCAGCAGCAGCAGCAACAGCAGCAGCAAUAGCUGCAACUGCUACCGGUGCAGCAACAACUGCCGCCUCAGCAGCAGCGGCAGCAACGGGUGCUGCUAGAGCUGCGACAGUAGCAGCAGCCGCAGCAGCAGCAGCAGCAGCAACUGCAACACCGAUUGCUGCUGACGAAGAGCCAUUCGACCGUCAACUAAGCGAAGGAGAAGUAAAGCAAAACCCUUUCUAUGACGCCUUCUCUCUCUCCCUCUCGGGUGUACCGACAGCAGCACCACUGUUUUCCUUCGUAAGGCCCACUAACCGUCAAACCCUGCCGCUGCAGCAGCAGCAGCACCUGCAGCAGCAACAGCAGGUGCAGCAGCUGCAGCAGGUGCAGCAGUCCCUUCUGCAGCAGCAACCAAGCGAAGGAGAGAUAGUAAGUACUUCUUUCGAUAGGACGCGCUCCGUCUUGUUGCCCAUGUCCCUGCAGCAGCAGCUGCAGCAGCAGCAGCAGCUGCAGCAGCAACAGCUGCAGCAACAGCAGCAACAGCAGUUGCAGCAGCUUCAGCAGCAACAGCAACAGCAGCUGCAGCAGCUGCAGCUGCAACAACUGCAGCAACUGCAGCAGCAGCAACAGCAACAGCAGCAACAGCAGCAGCAGCUGGACUUCUUUGCGGGGGCAACAUCACCCUUGCCGUUUGGGUCAAUGACUUUUCGAGCUGCUGCUGCUGCCCCCCAAUUCUCUGUUGCAGCAAUCACCGACAGCAGCAGCAGCAGCAGCAGCGGGCACUCUAGCGCUCCCUUCAUGAUGAGCAACUUCAGCCCCCAGAUAGACCGCCCCAAGCAGCACCAGCACCAGCAGCAGCAGCAAAGUCUCAGCCUCAUGUUUGUAGAGGAGGGGCACCUGGCGACAGAGAAGCCAUCAACCCCCUCCGAUGCAGCAAGCAGCGAAGUAUCGAGUGCCAUGCAGAGGGCUAGCUGCGUCCAGCAGCAGCAGCAACAGCAGCAACAGCAGCAGCAGCAGCAGCAGCAAGAACAGGAGGGAAAAGAAGACUCCCUGAGGCUGGGACGUGCCCAGUCGCCGCCGCCGCCACAGUUGCAGCCGCAGCGGCCGCAGCAGCCGCAGCAGCAGCAGCAGCAGCAGCAGCAGCAAGAAACGACUCAACUGGACGACAACGCACAGCAGCCGCAAGAGCAGCAGCAACAUCAGCAACAAGAGCAGAAGCAAGAGCAGCAACAGCAGCAGCAGCACCAGAGUGCACACAACCAACUAGCCGAGGCGUUCGUUGAUGGGCCACAGCAACACCUGCAGCAGCAGCUACAGCCUCUGCAGCAGCAGCAAACCGUGAAGAUGCAACAGCCCUUCGUCGACGAGCAGCAGCAGCUGGAGCUGCCGCUGGAAGACGAUAUCAUGCAGGAGCAGCAGCAACAACAACAGCAGCAGCAACAACAGCAUUAUUUGCUGCAGCCAGCCUUGCCGCCUGAGCCGUUGCUGCAGCCGCCGCUGUUUCCUCACCAGCAGCACGCUGUGCAGCAGCAGCAGGCAGAACAACAGGAACUGCAGCAGCAGCCAGACUUGCUGCAGCAGCACCGGCGGGUAGAUGAACUCUCUACGAAAAUUGUGACUGAGUUGCGCGAACUCACCUGCAGCAGCAGCAGCAGCAGCAGCAGUAGCAGCAGCAGCAGCAGCAGCAGUAGCAGCAGCAGCAGCAGGUGGGAUGCAGCAGCGCAGCCGGAGACGCAGGGGGGCCCCCCGCAUAUAACAACCCACAUGGGGGGCCCCCAGCAGCAGCAGUUGGAAGCGGGGGCCCCCAUAGAUGAAGAAUGUAGCAGGAAGGAACCACACUUCUGCUGGGCGCACCAUAGACGCAUCGAGGCUGCAGGCCAAGAUGGCGACACUGGAGACUGUCAUGGCGGCCCCCUCUCCUCCCCUGGGGGCCCCCUAGCAGCCCGUACCCAGGAGAUCCCUCAGGUGCUGCAGGGGGAUCUUGCUGCUUUUACCGGCCUCCAAAAGGAACCGACACAAACAGAACAAGGGUCUGGGGGCCCCGAAGAAUCCUUUAGGGGCCCCCUAGAGGCCUCGGGAAGCCCCCAACGAGCCUCUAGUGGCCCCCAAGGAGAGUCUGGGGGCCCCCAGACCGCCUUUAGGGGCCCCCAGGAGGCCUUUGGGGGCCCCCAAGAAACUCGGCCGGAGGCCCCCAGUCGCUGCGAAGAUUUGGAAUUGCUGACGAAGCAGGAUUUGCUGCAGGCUUUGGGGGCGCUAAUGACGAACGACUAUUUGACAUCGGAAGAAUUUCUAUCGCUGCAGCGCCAAGUUGAAGACCGCUUGCCAGGUGUGCCGCGGGCGAUGGUGCAGUUCUGCACAGAUGGCGACAAGGAGUUGCUGGUGCACACGCUCAAGUGCCUCGCAUCCUAA